AUGAUUACUAUUAUUGAUAUUGGUGCUACUCUUUUCUUUAUCUCUUCUGAUUGUAUUGAAAGACCGGGUCUUGUGUUGUAUGCUAUGAACAGAGAGAUGGUUGUCGAUACUCCAGCAAUGGGAUCGAUAACUACUUCUAUUGUUUAUUUAAAGUGUCCCGUGUUGAUUUUAGACAGAGACUUUGUUGUUGAUUUUGUUUGCUUUCCAUUGAGAGGUUUAUAUGUGAUCUUAGGUAUGAACUGGUUAGAGCAUAACCAUGUUCACAUUGAUUGUUUUGACAAGUCGGUGAGGUUUUCUACUCUUGAAGAGGAAGGUGUUGAGUUGUUGUCUGCUAGACAGUUGCACAAGUUGAUGAAAGAAGAAGUGCAAGUGUUUACUUUGGUUGCAUCGAUAUCUAUUGAGAAUCAAGCGAUAAUAGAUGAGUUGAAGGUGACUUGUGUCUAUGGCACCGUACAUGAUGUCCGCAUUAGAGUUUUCAGAGUUGAAGAAGAAAUUGGAAGAAUUGCUUGA